CUAGCCGCCAGACGCCGCCGCCGGCUCAGUGUGUUGUCGUCGGUCAAAUAGAUUGCAUGUGCGUUUAUCAUUAGUACGGUUUUAUUCGAACUUGUGAAAAUACUCAGUGUAAAUACAAUUAAGGAUCGUGUUUGCAGUGUUGGGACAUUUUAACUCAUGUGGAUUGUUUGUGAUCAUACAUCCGGAUACAAGCUCUGAUGGUUCUCUUUAAUAAUAAUAUGAAAAUACAUGGUCGUCCCUUAGUUCAAAAUUAAGAUGACAAUCGAUAGAGCUGGUAAGCCUCCUGCGCCAAGAAGAAGCUCCACCUACAAAAGCUACGAUGAACUUGGUCACAUCGAUAGAGGCAAACCACUUAGACAUCGUCACGGUGGUGUCGAAGAUCUUAGCGAAUUGCAAUCCAGACCACAAAGAUCAUACGAUACCCACGAUUUAGACAAUAUAACUCUCCUUAGCUCUGAAGAAAUACAACGACCGAAAAGAAAAACAAUUGAAGGUCUUGCAAGCGGUUUUAGAAGAACUUUCUCUGUUAGAAGUAAAAGGGACGAAUCGGAUGCAAUACCUUUGGAUACAUUUAAUGUAACCGAUGAAAACUUCGCUACCGUAAGAGGAGCGCCGUUUGGAAGACGUAGAUCUCUUUCUAGAGACCGUGAAUCUUCACUCCUGGGUAGAAGCUCGUCUGAAGGAGAUGUGAGAAUGCCGCCUCCUCGAGCUCCACCAGUCAAUCCCACUCCACGUCUGCAUCGAUGUCUUCGCGUUCUUGGGGGAAGCUGGAAGAACCUUUUACUAUUGGGCGGAAUGUCACGCGGGGGCGGCGGCGCCGGCAAGGCGACAACCGCGAAACGCGUCCCUCCCCCCGCUGUGCCAGGGGACGCGUUUGGCACCCCACAACACCGACACUCAGGUUCCAGUUUCGGAUCCCAAGGAUACGCGUCCUGUGAGGAUCAGGCCUAUCCACAGCCACCUGAUACACCUUCACACACUCGAGAUGACCAUUCUGACUAUGGCAGCACAGUGUCAGGGGUGUCAGGCGUGUCAGGAGCGAGUGGAAGUCUCGGGAAAAGUCCAGCUGGUGGAGGCACUUUCACAUUUCCACCGCCAUCGCAACCGCUCACGCAUAAAGCAGCCGUAUAUUACCAUCACCAGCUAGCCUUAAGUGAUGAUCAGGGCAUCGAUAUGACACAGAGUCCCGGUAGGGACAGUCCCGGCUCUUCAUCAGGAUCGGCUGGCUCCGGUUCCCGUCACUCAUCAGCGUCGCUGGAUAGUGGCAGAGCAUCGGGAAGAAUGCCGCAUCAUCACCAUGCUUCAUGCCAUUGCGGAGACACCGUUGAUAGAGUUCGAUCUAUGAUCGCACAGGGACUUCCGGAUGCAGACAUAAUUCAUGCAUGGCUAGCCGAUUUACAAAUGGAGGAGUAUGCUCGUCUUUUCAUAGAAGCCGGGUAUGACUUGCCGACAGUCACAAGAAUGACUCCAGAAGACUUGACAGCUGUGGGCAUCAAGAAACCAAACCACCGUAAACGCUUAAAGGCUGAGCUGGCAAAUCUUAAUGUACCCGAGAACUUGCCCGAUUAUAUACCUGGUUCUUUAGAAGAAUGGCUGCGGCUGCUUCGACUUGAAGAAUACGGCCCAGCUCUCGUAGCGCAAGGUUAUCGCACCGUGCAUGACGUCACACAGCUCGCUUGGGAGGACUUAGAAGAUAUGGGCAUAGUCAGGCUCGGCCAUCAGAAGAAAAUACUUUUAGCGAUCAAGAGAGUGAAAGACAUUAGAGCCGGAAAACGGAGCAUAAGUAACCAAGGGUCCCUGGAUUUCACGAGGCUUCAACCUGGACAGGAUUUAUAUCCGAGGGAGCAAUACCAGCAUUGGGAGAGACACGCAAGAAGUUACCAUAAACCCCCCGAUCUAAACUUUGACGCUCUACAAACGUCCCUAUGUGCCACUGACUUGGUCCCCAUCCAGAUACGCCAUCCCCGCGGUAAGUCUUUGGAGAGUUUAGAAGAUCCGUCAGAAAGAACAUCCCACACUACAUUCUCCCCUGAAGCCGGGUUUUAUUAUGGAGGCCAAUGGCGACGUUCGUACGACGAUGGAGAUAUAACACCGACAAAUGAUAGUUAUGAAGGGGGAGGCACUUUGCCCCGACCCAGGGGGUUAGUGAGACCACGUCCAGUCGCCAAGAUCCAAGCGACUCCGGCGUAUAGAGAUAAAUCUCCGGACUACACAUAUGAUGAGAUUGCUUACUCGGCACGACUGCAGCGCGUCGCUUAUGGAGCGAGUCCGCAUGUGGCUAGAAAGCCUCCGCCGGAACCACCGAAGCGUCAAAGCUCACAGUAUGCUCCUUUUACUCGCUUCGGGCAGACAACUGUGGAAAUUCAUCCAGAGAAGAGCUUGCCCUUGAGUUUGCCAGCUUAUCCUAGUUCAGACUCGCUGAGUGUUUCUUUAGACAGUACAGGACUACUUCCGCCCCCACCUGCCCCUUCUUCCCCACCCCGGAGAUACGAAGAGGACAAAAUGAGAACGGGUUCUGAUGCUAGUUUUAAGUCAAGUUCGAGUACUGAAUCGGACAGCAUUCCAUUCGCCAACGACAACGCAGGUACAAUUAAACAAAACCGAAGUCAAAUGGCUGGCAGACCUCAUACUGUGGAUUAUGGAAGAACGGGUAUGGGCUUGGCGACGCUCCCUCCUAGACCUACAGACAAACAACACAUAGAAAAAGAAGAGAAGAGUACAGAACCCGUUGAUGUUCUCAACGAUAUAGGGAACAUGUUGGCAAACCUUACAGAUGAACUUGACGCCAUGCUGGAAGAGGAGAAACGACAAGGCCUGACUGAUUCCUAAGAUUUGGCCAAGUAUCUCGAAUCAUGUAGAACAAAUUCCAAAGAUACUAUUGGUACUUAUUUUUUGUAGGUAAUGUGAAUUGUUUUGGCCCAGUUUAAAUAAAACUUUAUUGGAUUAACUGUUAAAACCUACUUCAAACUUUGAAGGGAUAAAAUAAAAUGAAUAACUAAUAACAGCUGUUGUGUUAAAAUGUUUAACAUUGUUUAUAUGGACAAUACUGUGUUGUUUGUUGCCUUUCAUUCAUAAAUAAAGGAAAAAUGUUAUGAAAUACUUGACUUGAACUGUUGACAUGCAAUAUUUUAUUAUUGUAACCAUAUCAAAACUUUCAAGGACUUAAAAAUGUGAAGUGUAGAUUUAAUCUUUGUUAAUGCAAUUUCUUAACAUGCACCAAAUGUCAUAUUGGAUAAAUUUCAUACUCUGUGGAAACUGUUAAUAGUAACUAUUAGCAACACACAUUCGUGUCAUAGCGCUACAGACAAAAUCACUUUUCGCCAGUCGUGACCCACUAACGAAUUUAUAUGAAAUGGUCACGUGACACGAGCUAAUGUCAUUCCGAUAUAAAUUAUAUAUUAUAUUUAUAUACUAUAAAUUCGUUUGGUUAGUGGGUCACGAUUAUCAAAAGAUGACGUCUCAAACCCUUGGUCGGCCCCAAAUUGUUUUAGUAAUCCACAUAUGUUUAAAAACUAAUCAAAUUUAUCCAAUACGGCUUUAAAUUUAAUUUAUACAAUAAUGUAUGUAGUUCCUUACUUAAGCAAUAUCUGUUUAAAUUGCGUUGAAACACGUAUCUAAUGAAGCAGAAAUGGCUAUUUUUGUAAAUAAUUUUACUUAAAGUAUGUCAUAGAUAAAUAUAAUAUCCAGUAGUUAGUUUUCCAUGUACAAUAAAAUUGUAGAAUUAAUAUUACGUAGGUGAUUAGUUAGAAUUUAUACAAAAUGGUAGCUUUAGAUAUAGAGUGAAAAGUAGUGUUUCUACUGUGAAUGUAUAAUGAUCCUUCUUAUACUUUAGAUAUCAUAGACAUAUGUUACAUUCAUAAUAUAAUUUAUUAGUAAUAUCUUUCCGAUUCCAAUAAAUCUACUCUGUAUAAUAUAUACUAAAAUGCACCAUACUUUUGCUUAAUAAUCAUACUUUCGUCUUUUUAUAUGCAAAACAGAAAAUCCAAAUGAUCUCCUAUAGUAUGAAACGUGAUAUUAAGUGGCCAUAACUAUACCCAAAAAAGUAAUAAACCCAUGACCAUUCUUUAUAACAUUCACUUGAAACAUUGAAUAAAUAAAUAGUAUAUUAUAACCGCUAAAGUUAAGAACUAAGCAGUAAGCUAAAGAAAUAACCAAUUGUAAUUUUAUAUGCAUAGACACACCGGAAAGAUAAUUAUUAUCAAUGGUAAUUACACAAUGAAGCAAUAAGGUCACAGAGAACCCAAAAGUGAUGAAAAAAAUUUAAUUUAUUUGCUUCAAUGUCUUAUUGCCAUAACUUUUAGCAAUGAAAUGUAGCGCAUCAUAUUUUUAUUAGCUUUAUAAUGUAAAUAAUAGAAUCAGUGUUUCUACAUCCUUUGAUACCUAAAAUAUUUAGACAUUUUGUACAUGUAUUCUCAAGUAAGCCGUCACCUUAAUAGGAAGGUGCUAAAUAUUAUGGCAAUUUUGUAACAUAAAGGCUUUUCGUUUUUUGAACUAGUCAAAAUUAAUUUACAGGUGACGGCUUUGAAUUAUGUAAAAUAUAACUUGAUUUAUCUAUUUUAUUAUACCGAAAACUGCUGUUUCUUUUAUUAUUAAUGAAUUCUUAU